AUGUUCAAAAUCGUCAUUUUCCUCGUCUCCAUUGCGUCCGCUCUUGCGAAACCCGGACUCCUGCACGGAGUGGCGGCUCCGGUGGCGGUGGCCGCUCCGGUCAUCGCCCCAACGGCCGUCAGUCAACAGACAAGACACGACAUCAUCCACCCCGGAGUCAUCACCUACACCACCGCUCACGCCGCUCCGGUGGUCGCCGCAGCGCCCGUUGCAGUGGCCGCUCCGGCGGUCCGGGUUUCCAGCGCUGCCACCUCUAGUCUUGAUGUUCGCCGUCCGGUUGCUGUCGGAGUCGUUGGACACGCCGGAGGACUGGGAUAUGGGGGCGCUGGACUGGGGCUAGGGGGCGCCGGACUGGGCUUAGGGGGCGUCGGACUGGGACUUGGAGGCGUGGGGUUGGGGUUAGGGGGAGGACUUGGGCAUGGAGUGCACGGAUAUGGCAAAUAA